CCACUCCAUAUUAUAAAGCUUUGCGCCCUUCCUGCGCGGGAGCCUUCUGGAUGUACGCGCGCCACUCGGACGCUCUUUGCACGCCCCCUGUAAAAAAAGCACGCAUUCACUCACUGACUUAAGUCGUCCUAACACCUCCUCUACCACGGCCGCCAACAACUCCAUUUUUUUCAUUUUUAGGUGAUAUUUUUGGGGCCUCCCUCUUUUCGGAUACUAAUUUUGACGCGUUGGAUAUGUGCACACAAGAUGAUGACAACACCUUUCCUGCCCGUAGAAGUAAAAUAAAAUAGCCUUUCGCGCACUCGAGCUUGUCCCCUGUCGUUCCAUAUGAAGAAGCCAAAAAUUCGGAUACGCGUCUGUGUCCAUUUUCUGCUGCUGAUCACGCUCGGGGUGCAUUCAAGUAAAUUUGACGUCAACCCUGUGACAGAUGACGUGUCGAGACUCUCGAUUUUGAAACAUAAUAUUCCCAAAGACUACAAAAUUCCUGUACAUUACGUUCCGAAAGAAGAGGGUGGGAUGUGCUGGGUAAAGCUCAACGUUUUCUACCUGGAGGAGAGUUUACAAGACUUAGCGCACAAGUUUGGCAACAUUUCAUCCAACAGAAAAGACAUUAGCAUAUUUAUACAAAUGCUCCAAGAGCUACGGCUCAACAUGGGCUCUGUGGAAGUGGUCAUGUACGACUUUGAGUGCCACUACCGUGAGGAGCGGUGGCCCACCGAGCAAUACUUUGAGUUUGUGUCCGACUUCCUGGCCAGCGCGCAGCACAGGGACGACUCGGACGACUGCGAGCCUCCCCCCUGCCCCACCACGCCCUACACGCAAACAGAACAAUAUUUAAAAGGCUUGCCGUCGUCCAGCAGUAAAAUCUCAGAGUGUGCCGCAUCCACAGACUGCCAAACAGAGCAAGAAGCGCGUCUGCUUCCGAAGGUUGUGGAGCGAAGUCUUCUGUCUUUACUCUUCAUUCCCUUCCUGGCUCUCAUCCUGCUGCUCGUAUGGAAGCAGCUCAGAUCACGACGGAACAGCCGAGAUCUUCCGCUGAGUCCCGGAGAAGGCGUUCUCUUCACGGGAACAGAAGGGCGCGCACCUCCGCUAGAGUCCCAAAUUACAGAAACAAACAAGUUGAACAUGAUUGAAACUGUGUGAUGAACCGUAGAACUAUUUCAGCCGGUGAUGAAAGCCACAUUCCAUAGGGGGGUAACCACAGAGGUAAUUCAAAGAAACAAACAAAAGAACUGCUUCCUCCCUCUACUGCGGCGCCCGCCAGCAACCAUCGUUUCGUCCGCUCUCACCAACCACCCUCGACCCUUCUACUGUAUGGAUACGCUUUUCCUUUUUGCUUUAAGACUGGGUUCAUUCAUUGAGGAGUACGAAAAACAAUAAGAGAAA